AAUCAAACACAUCACGCUUACAACCCGCGCGUGGUAAAAAGCACGUGCAAAUGGUAAGCUCUCGCGCAAACUAAAUCGUCACAAUCGCUUCGAAUUCGACGUCACGGGAAACUUAGCAACAAUACUUGUUAUUUGACUCACUGCCAAACUGCUUUGAGACGGUAACGCAAAAAUACUCGAGAAUUACAAUCAUAAUGAAACUUAUACCGCUUGUCUUUGUCAUGUGCAUCGUGGUCACACCAUGCAGCAAUGAACACUACAAGACUGCGUCCACUUUUUCUCUUAUUGAUAUCCAGCCUGCCCAAGAUUAUCAAGUUCUCGUGGUUUCCCCUGGCGCUAGAAUCAUGCUGAACUGUACUGCCUUUGCCGCAAGAAAUAUCGGAUUGUACUUUAGCCCACACCGCGUCGAGGGAUGGACAGACAGUAACUUGAAGCGUGCUGGUGACCGAAUGUUCGUGGACGGAUGGACUGAUAUCAGCAUGAGCGAGAACGUGAAACGAGUUGGUAAACGCGUGUUCGUUGUGAGAAUCCCUGAUGCCGACAUGAGUGGCAAAUUCGCGUGUUUGUAUAAAGACAUCAAGGAGGGGCAGUCAAACAUGAGGGUGGAAUCAGAGGUUCAUGUCAAUGAAGCCACAAAUAUCAGAAAUACGCACAUCAAGACCUCAACCCCACAGCAAUGUAAGGAACCCUUGAGCGAGGACUGCGGAAGCGAACGGUACCUCAUGUCAGAAGCCUCAAAGUGGAUCACAAAUCAUACCAACUUGAUUUCCGUGGCGGUGAUCCAUGCAGCCGAUUACUGUCUGGUAAGGACUGGCUAUUUCUACCGUGAGCUAGCUGAGACGCUGUCUGGGCUUAUGUCCAUUGACCACUCGGUGUUCCUGGAUUGGCUUGGCCUGUGUCUGUAUGACGUCAAUGAGUACGUUGCCGAGUUCACUAUGGAAGCCGUCACGGCCGUUGCCUCUGCGGCAUUCAGGGGGGACUCGUUCUUCUUCACCUGUCUCGACAAUCCUGGCCCUGCGAUGGUGUUUCUGUUCUUGUUCUGUAUUGGCGCCGCUCUAAUUUAUGUCCUGGAUGAGGUCGUUUAUCAACGGUCGCUAAUAGGACGUACAGAUUGCAACACCGUUGAUCGACCGGAAAAGACGCCUCUUUCUGCAGUAAUUAAGAAGCGCAUCAGAAGACGCACACGAAUGGCAAGAUGGAAGAGGGCGAUGAAAAAACAUCCAGCGUUGAAUCCACGCGGUGGCUUGAUGUACAGAAAUACAACAGCGGCGAUAGAAUCCGCCUUAAACAUUGCAGCAGCGAUAGAAAGCCAGUAUAUUGACAUAUGUAACUGCGAAUUCUGCCGUCCGUCUUUAGAGAAGUCAAAGUACAUUGACAUAUGCGACUGUGAAUUCUGCCGUCCGUCUUCAGAGAAGACAAAGUACAUUGACAUAUGCAACUGUGAACUCUGCCUUCCGACAUUAUAAAAGACAAUAAACUAUAAAAAAACAGAUGUGCAGACACAUCUCAGGAUUGUCAGCUAAUAGUUCUUACACAUAUCUUCCAAACCACGCUAGGUUUUUCAAACUCUGAUUUGCGUUUCCAGUGAUAAUCACAAAUAAAUGCACUCAUCCUUUG